AGAGACUGCAUACGGUAUUCCAUCACACGGUACUUAUGGUGAAGAAUCCUGCCAUUUAGCAGACCUCGAGCAAGACUCUCUCGUCUCGGACCAACCAGACAUGUUGCUGCAAUAUCAAUCCAUCUCUCUCAGGAUCCUCCCACAAUUAACCUGGUCUACCGUCUGUCUCUCUUCCCGGCAAGUCAUCAGUAUUCCUGCUUGCUCUCAUUGCCACCCCCAAUCGCAUAGCACUUCAAGAUACAGUGCUGGAAAAGUCCAAGCAAUAGAAGGCACACGGGACUUUUCGGACUUUUUCGGUUUGUUCCGGUAUAGAAUACAAAUCAGACUGAUUCUGAUUUCUUUAAUGGACUGGGGAACACGGGCACCUCGGCGACACAUCGUAUAUGAAAAAUGGCCUUGUCCUUUUAUGCACCUCUCUAUUCCUCGUUUUCAAAUCACCAUGAACUCCAGUACCGACGAUAGCAUCGGAAACGCCCUCGCACCAUACUUCACGGCUGAGACAAUCAUUACUCAACCACUUGCUACCCUCUCGGCGAUGUUUUUCAUAUAUGGGAUAUACGUCGUGAUAUUUGCACUAUCGGUCCAUACCCUUUCUCGCGGUCCUGCGUCAAAGAUAUAUACGAUCUGGACCAUAACUCUUUUUGUGCUAGCGACGAUCUACAUCGUUAAUAAUACCUGUGGAUUCGCGCGGCAAGCUACCAUCGAGUUCAACGCGGCAACAACAAAGGACUAUACGCCUUUUAUACAGUACCUCUCUGGCGAUGUUCCGAAAUCCGUAUGGUUUUCAAUCGGAAUUUUCGUGCCUUGCUUCAUGAAUGCCAUUGCAGAUUGGAUGCUGAUUCACCGAUGUUACAUGAUUUGGAAAUCGAAAAUCUUGGUGUAUCUGCUCGCUUUUGUUGCCUUCGUUCUGAAUGCCAUUUCUCUUGGAACCACUAUUGCUGGGAUCAUUGCGGACAGUAAAGCUAAUCAAAAACUCUAUCAGACAGCCUCAAGCGUCAGUAACGGAACAGGGAUUGGUAUCGCCAUUUUUCAAAUGAUACUGGCACUAUUGACAGCAAGCCGAAUUUGGUGGGUAAGCCGUCAAUCAGAACGCUUAAUGGGACGACCCACAGAGAUGAAGUACAACUCGAUCGCAGCCGCCAUCAUCGAAUCGGGAGCGUUAUACGCGGUUAGCCUGGUAGUCAUGUUCAUUUACCAACGAACAAUCGACCCCGAUUCUUCUGGCCUUAUUCCCUUUGAUGUUUCCGUCAUCUCGACUCUACUGUCGGGUCUUGCUCCUACACUGAUUGUCGUACGAGUUGCGUAUGGAAAACCUGUGGACAACCUUCCUAUGCUGUCGACGUUACACUUUGCGGAAGAGCCCCGAGGAAACGGCCAGAGGUCGGCGGGGGAGACCGACCAGUUUCAAUUCCGACGACAAUCUGACGCACAUGAACUUGACCGUCUGUAUUCGUACGAGGGGUUGUCCCUACCCGCGAUAGAUGAAAAUCCCGGAAAAGCCGAGUCCAUCCAUCCCCUCAACGAGACUCUCUACUCUACAACAAGGUCACCAUAAAUUCAACCAGCAGUUCUUGAGGAUCAAAAGCGGAAUAGAGGUGGGGAGGUCAAGCCUUUGGAUAGUUUGAAUACUAGGAAGGACUCAAUAUGGAGUUGACUUGGUGACCGGUAUGCUCACCUCCUGUGCGUCACUACUUCCGGCGCUUCGUGAAUUAUUCAGUCAAGCUGCUUGCUUGCUGCUCCAUACGCCGAGGAUACACACGAUAUUACCUUGCUUCACAUGUCCUAUCUAACACACUGGAAUAAAUGUUUGUUGCACAGUACCUCU